GUCGAUAGGAAACGACCGUCCAGCGGAACGCGCCCGAUAGCAGCAGCAGCAGGCGCGGUGCGUGAGACAUGAACGCGUCGGCUGGAGCAGCAUCAGCUGCAUCGCGGGGACGCGACGCAUCCGCUCCAUCAGCGCGCUGCGAGGACACGGGGCAGUGUGGGGUCGUGUGGUCUGUAGGACACGGGGCAGCGUGGGGUUGCGGGUGGUGGAGGCAGGAGCGCGACCGCCACCAUCUCGACCCUCGGAGUCCCGGGCCCUGGAGCGGAGCCAUGGGGCAGCUCUGCUGCGGCUGCGUCGGGGAGACGGAGGCUGAGGCAGCAGGUGGCUGGCAAUCCCAGAAAUCCGCAGAGGACACGACGCUGGCGAGCGUGAGCCGGCGCGUCGUCGAGACGGCCAUCAGCCGAGCGGUGCAGCAGUACCUGCGGGAGAGCACGACGGAGCCCCGCGACAAACUCGCCGACCCCGCGCUCGACCCCGCGCCGCCAGAAGACAACGGAGCCGUCGCCGACGCGGGCGAGCGGAGGGCGAACGCGAAUUAAUUCCCCGUUGAUUCUCAGCGUCGUGACCUCCUGACCCCCCCCUCGGCGAUGACCGCCGCUGGCGAUGUACGAACGUUGCGGAGCGAGGUACGCCGCGGCCGUCGGCUAUCGGACUGUUAUCGAUCCUUCUCCGUAUGCGGUAUGGGUUGAUAUUCCGCGGAAAGGCGUGUAGCAUUGUAACAGAGAGAAGUGAAACGUUUCCAAAAACGUUCCUCAAAAGCUCACAGUGCAACGUUGGGGGGAUCGUAUUUACGAGCUGAUCGUACAUGCACGAUUCAACACUAUGGACCGUACACCACAGUGUAGCGAGCGAUGCAGCGUUAAAAGUUACUCAGGUCAACUCUUUGAGUUGUCCGUGAGCGCAUUGCUGGCUCCAUGACGAAGCUGCUCUUCACGGGUCCGUGACUCGGUGCCUGCGUGAGCAGAAUGAAGCUGACAGAUUUGUCGCAAUAGAAACACGCAGGGAAUUCGAAGUAUCCACGUCACCCUCCCCCUCCCGUUCUGCUUGGGUAGAAACAAAAGCUGUGUUUAGUGGAAUCUGAUUAACCUAAUGUUUUGCAUUCGUAGUGUUUCGCUUCAUCUGGGCCACCACCCCCUAUUUCCCCGGAUAACAGAGAGAUCAUGUAUUGUGAAAAAUUACGUAACCAGUGUUUAUCUGUAGAAAAAAAACUCGACACUCUCGUCAACCGCACUGUGGCCUGAAAGGAAAAAUAAAUAAUCGGCGACGUUUCGGGCAAUGGCCCGACUUCAUAGCACAUUUCCCUAAACGUCGCCGAUUAAAAAACCGGCGAUGUAUAAUUAUAUAAUUAAUGUAGAAUUAUAAAUUCUCAUAAAGUCAUACCUGUCAACCCCUUAGCAGUGCCCUACCUUAUUACAGACCGAUUCAGACCCUAUCGGUCACCCCGUGCCCUUAUAAAUCUCAACGUGCAUCCGACAAAGUCACAACACAAGGGAGAAACACAAAUAGACAUACAAAUAAUGUUGCCCGUAUUGAAACGGCUCUACACCGUAUGGACCUGAAAACUCAAUUUCCCUGUACAGGAAUACGGGUAAACCGUAUGGGUUGACAGGUAUGUGAAGCAGCGUUGUUGACGUAUGUUGUACAGCGUGUUAUUGAUUGUACUUGUGCACCACUCCAAACGUAGCAGCGGUAUCACCAAAUAAAGUGCUUACCCGUGUACGCUUUUGACGGCCACGAUCUGAAACGUACAGUCGAGUAUGCCACAGUGUUGCACCGUCGAUGUAUCAUCAUUAAUAUAAUUAUUCAGCUCUCAUUUGUACGCUACCGUCACGAUCUGCAGAGCAAUAAUCAUCGGCCUGCGCUGGUGCGAUAGACGCCGGAGGCUGUUGUGGAAGGAAAUCGCAUUGAUUGCAGUUGCUCAUAUCCUCGCAAUGGGUCACGUGAUGAAGCAGUCGUGCCUGAUAACAAGAAGCGUCGUUUCGUUUUAGAACUCUCCGACUCCCAGCAACCGGCUGGCAUUUGGUGCGCGGUGAAUCGUAGCCGCCGUCUCGCCUGGCGUUCGAGAGAGAGAGACGCAAAGAUUCCUGCGAAACAACGACCCCAGACGUUUGAGUCGUGACCGUUGUGAUAUAAACAGACCGUGUGCUGCAGUAUGAAUCAUAAUACGUCAACCAACAUCGGAAUUAACAUUCCAGUGGGCAUCUGUGUGGCAGUGUGACGUACAAUUGGGUGUGUGUGUAUAAAUGCCUUAAUAUUUUCAACAGCUUUGAUAUUUAGGAAGUGACUACAGUAUUUGUAAUGGAGAUGAGUAAAUAAUAUCAAUUCAGAUUUCCACAUCAGAUGUAGCCACUAAUCACUCACAUUUUGCCCGCGUUCAAACUGAGGACAAUCCAAUAUCGUGUUUAAAGUUAUCAAACGGUGAACACAAAUGCUCAAUAACACUCACACACCACUCAGAACAAGACUUUAUUUUUUUAUUACGACUAAAUUAACAAAAGUCGCAUUUGAUUUAACACCUCGGUGUUUGCAGCCAAUGUGAUUUAUAAUAUAUUUUUUAGUUAGUGGGUGGUGUCAGGUGUUGGAGGGUUUAAACGACACAAAUUUGUCCAAAAUUCAAUUAUGAUUCAAAGUUACGUUGGGCUAACCUACAAUAUGUAUUGUUUUAUAAUCAUCAUGGGACACUAUGUAAAGUUUUUUUUGGGGGGGUUUGAAUGUGUAAAUAUAAAUGUGUCGUUGACCCACCACCACCCGACACAAUCAUGGGACCUCACUUGCCAGCAUCAACAUAUAAGAAUAGGUUUUUACCCUUUCUGGCAAUUAGUUGUGUUCAAAUGUUUAAACACCAAACAGAAAUCUUUUGCAAGGAAUCAUGUCUGCAUCAACCACAUAUACUUGUGGUGGACAUGUAGACAAAAAAAGAAGGCUGUCUCUGGUGUGGACCAAUCAGUUUCAAAGACAAUGCAUCGUAAACUAUCAGAGCAUGUGUUUUCGUUUGCUAGCAUGUUCACCACAAGCACGUGUGGUUAACGCAGACAUGAUUCCUUGCAAAAAGGUUUCUGUUUAGAGUUUCAACAUCUCAACAUCUCAACACAACUGUUUUAUUACCAUCUAUUCUUAGAUGUUAUAAUCAUGUUUGGUUCACCUGUAUGGACAGACAGAGAUAUGAGCUUUCACCAAAUCACGAGACUUGAAAGCCUGGGCACCCCUUGCCAACGAAGAGACGUUCCAUUCGCCGUUUGAUUUUCCACGUGAAAUAUUUGAAUAAAUACAAUCAACGUAA